AUGAGCGCACUUGGUCAGAACCAGGGGAAACACUUGCAUCAUUUGGUCUACAAAUCAGGACGGCAGAAGAAUGGCCUUGCGUUGCCCGAAGAAACUCCCAAAGGGCAGGUUGCGGAGACGUACCACUACCAAUGUUCCUACAUCUCAUGCUCAGCUAUGGUUUCUUUGAGGAUUCUUUCUCCGAUUCUGAGCCUGGAAUUCAUCCGCUUGAUGACCGAUAAAGAGUUGUUGCAGAAACGAGCCGAAGGGGCCAAAGCAGCGUAUCCUGAGUCCAUGGAAGGCAUGGGUGAUCCGCAGCCGAUCAAUGUAUUGGAUAAUAUGCGCCUGUACAUUACCAAUGCCCUACGAAAUCCACAACGCAGCAAGCCCAUCUCCUCCGUCAACAAGAGGUUCAUGCAAUCUUUCGGCGUGGAAGGUGCAGCUUGUAAAGAAUUACUUGAGUUUCUAGAGUUCACGUACAACAAGGAGACCGGGGCAUGGCACCCGCCUAAACCGACUUCAAAUCCCGAGAAACCUUACCAAGACACAUUGAGUCUCUUUCUCGAUGACCUGCUGCAUGAAUUGCUAGUCCUGAUACAUCUCAGAUCGGCCUCAGAAAGAAAAGGAUCCCAGAUUCCCGAUCUUCCUUCCUCCGCCAUCCCCGUUGUUUCAUGCGCUCUAGAAGCCCAAAAUUAUCCGACAGCUAUGCGUUACCAGGAAUUUGAGAUGGCUCAUGCUCCUUUCUACGAAGACCUGGGAGUGAUGGAGGAUAUGUCCUCAUCAGCCGUGGUCGAAGCAUACAAUCGACAGGUCUUUGCCGAUUCUGGUAGGACCCCGAUAUACUUGUCUGCUCUCAAGGCUAUCGGCUGUCUGCGUGGUGGCCAAGACAAGGAGGUAAUUGACAUAGCUGUCCAGACAGCUUAUGAGCAAGGAAAGUAUGCUGUUGAGGAUGUCGUCAGCGCAUAUCAAUACUUUAAUCUCCAAUUUGAUGAUCCAAACCUCACCGAGGAUAGCAUCAUUGGCAAAUUCUAUGCAUUUCUUAGCUCUACAACGAAAGAUGCCGAAGCGCGUCAGCAAUUGUGGCGGAUUGGUGACUCUAGGGGAAGCACGCGUAUCAAGGCGGCAUCAGAAGACCGUGUUUCUACUGUUGAACAAGCGAAUGUCUUCUUGGGGGUCGAGGAUCAGACUCCUGAUGAUUUUGUUAUGACUAUUCCGCUUACCAAAGAACUUGCGAAACGCGCCGUGGCACUCAUUGCCGAGUCUCGCAAAUCGGUCGCAUUGAACCAUUUCGUCAAUACUGGAGAGAUGAUCGCUGGUGAAAUGGACAUUGGUGAUGCCUAUCGUCUACUCCAAAUCCCCGAUCAAACUGUCGAUGAUGGCGCAAUCAUAGCCGCAUAUACAAUCUGCAUUGAUGAAAACCCCGGGGAUGCCGAGAGAUACAAUCAGGCUCUCACAAUUAUUGCCAAACGACUGGACAGCUCUACGCUGAGGAGUGUGGCAGGUAUCUCCAACGGGCCUGGUAGAAGCAUGCGGGAUUGGCCAGUCGGACUACAAAAUAUCGGCAAUACAUGCUAUCUUAAUAGCCUGUUGCAGUUCUAUUUCUCUAUCCGUCCUUUCCGUGAGUUGGUCCUGGACUAUGAACGAUUCCAAAUGGAUCUUAAUGACGAGGAAAACCUCGCAAGAAAACAAGUGGGCUCGCGAAAAGUGUCGAAGAAGGAGGUCGAGCGAUCUCAGCGAUUCCUUAGUGAGCUCCAGAUUCUGUUCCGUAGCAUGAUCACUUCGUCCCAAAUCUCGGUAACUCCCGGCCAGGAACUUGCUCGGUUGACCUUGAUUAGCCCAAGCAACGAGGCAGCAAUUCGUCGUCGAUCAACAAUCACGGCUGCUAAAUCUGAGAUGCUUGGCGAUAUUGAAGGUGUUCCUGUUCUGGGACCUCUUGGACCCCCACAGUCUCUUCUCGGAGGUCGGAUGGAGUCAGUUCCAAAUUCAAGCCAAGCUGAUCCCGUCCCUAUUCAAAGUUCGACCGACAGCGAUCAUGGCAGCGAUACAACAUUGGUCUCGGAUGAUAGCAUGAACGACGCAACUGGGCUUUUUGUUGAAGACAAGGAGAACAAUCCUCCUGACUUGGACCAAUUGUCAGAUCAAGCAGAGGCAGGAUCUCCUCAGGACAUGAAUAUCGACACAGACGACAGUGUUUCGGCCAACGUCCCGCCGCCCGUCCCUCCUCGCAACUUCUCGCGAGUCGAUAGGGAAAAGCAACUGAAGGAAGAGGUUGAAAUCGGUGCCCAGCAGGAUGUUACAGAAGUCAUCAACAAUGUUCUCUUCCAGAGCCAAUGCGCGAUCAAGCCUCGAGGCAUUGGCAGGGACGGUGAACAGCUUGACCAGAUCAAAGACUUGUUCUACGGUCAAAGCCGCUCUUACAUCUCCACCGAAAAUGGCACACGCUCGAAGGACGAACGGUGGUGUGACAUCAAAGUUGAUGUUGCUCAUGGAUCUCGAAAUAUCUACGAUGCCAUCGAUGGGGCAUUUGACAUCCAAAAUAUUAGUGUGGACAACUCUGUGGCUGAGCAAUUCGCUUCCAUCAGCCAGCUGCCGCCCGUGCUCCAGAUUCAAGUGCAACGGGUUCAAUUUGAUACUGUGAAGAAAUGCUCGUUCAAAUCUACAAACCAUCUUGGGUUGCUUGAAACUAUUUACAUGGACCGAUACAUGGACACCAAGAAUCCGGAUGUUGUAGAUCGACGAAAUCAAUGUUGGGAGUGGAAGGCGUCUUUGAAGAGGCUUGAGGCUCGCCGAGAAGAGCUUCUCAGGACGAAGGAGGGUGUCGGCGUUGACAUGGCAACAUUGUUCCGUAGAGUUAAAACUGCACUACAAGAUGUGAACUCCAUUGAAAACGAGACUGAACCCGGAGCUGAAGUCGGAUUUGAUUCAAUGACUGCUGUGGCUGGCACUGAGCUACUAGACAAACUUGAAUCCCUUUCCCACAAGGCAGAGACCGAUCUGCAAGCUGUUGACCAAGAAAUCAAGGAUACACAGACCUUGAUUUCCAGCCAAUUUGCUGGUUUCAAGAACCUCCCAUAUCGACUGUACGCCGUCUUUGUGCAUCAUGGGUCGGUCUCAUUCGGUCAUUACUACAUCUACAUCUUCGACUUUGACAAGGAGAUAUGGCGCAAAUACAAUGACGAGUAUGUCACAGAGGUCCAGAACGUGGAUGAGAUCUUCAAGAACGACUCGACCAGCAAUCCCCCGACCCCGUAUUUCCUUGUUUAUGUCAAUGAUGGCAUGAAAGACCGUCUGGCAAACCCAGUCUGCCGUGAGGUAUCCGAAGACGAGCCCAAUGUUGCCGAUUCAGAACCAGCCAUGGCCAUGGAGGGUGUUCAGCCCACCAGCCCUGCGCCAGAUGUGAACAUGGAGCCUCCGUCAUAUGAGGAAGCGUCGGCCAUCAAUAGUACUCCAGGUACGGGAAACACAGAAUCCGAAGCGGAGACCACCACAUGGCCUCGUCCUCGUCCUGCGACUGACUUGGAGCAGUAUUGGUAG